UGGGGAUCGAGCGGGAAGGUGGUGAGCAGAGCUGCAUAAAAGAGAUGCCAGCAUCCGUCAGCUGACCCCAGCGUAAUCCGCAGCUGGAAAGUUAAAGGGCUUGAACAGGAAAGGAACGUUUUGUGAAAGGUGUUGGAUAUGUGACAGAGGUGGAACUGUCAGUGGAACAAGUUUGAUAAGUAAGCGCCUGUUCGGGAAGCAUGGAGCUUCAGUCAGGCUGAAAAAGGGAUCACAUUCCUGUGCAGAAAUUGUAAGUACUUGACUUCUAAGAGGAGCCCUGCAGAAGGAAAACAAAGCAGUCAACCAUGACGUCCUCAUCUCUCCGAAGACAGAUGAAAAACAUUGUAAACAAUUAUUCUGAAGCAGAGAUAAAGGUACGGGAGGCUACAUCAAAUGACCCAUGGGGACCCUCGAGCUCGCUGAUGGCGGAAAUCUCAGACCUAACCUACAACGUGGUGGCUUUCACGGAGAUUAUGAGCAUGAUCUGGAAGCGCCUCAAUGACCACGGCAAGAAUUGGCGUCACGUGUACAAGGCCUUGAUGCUGAUGGACUACCUGAUCAAGACUGGCUCCGAACGGGUAGCGCAGCAGUGCAAGGAAAACAUCUUUGCCAUUCAGACGCUGAAGGACUUUCAGUACAUUGAUCGAGAUGGAAGGGAUCAGGGUGUCAAUGUGAGGGAGAAAUCAAAACAGCUCAUCGCCCUACUGAAGGAUGACGAGAGGCUUCGAGUCGAGCGCAGUCAUGCACUGAAGACAAAAGAGCGGAUGUCAAGUGUGACAACAGGAGUAGGCAGCAACAACCAGAUUAUGUUCGGCCGGGGUUCCAGCCACCCAAACCUGUCUACUAGCCAAUCAGAUGAGUGCAGCAAAGUGGGUGGGUCACCUGCUUCCUACCAUGGCUCUACUUCUCCGAAGAUCUCCUCUGAGCUGGAGCAGACACGGCCUCAGACCAGCGGUGAAGAGGAGCUGCAGCUACAGUUGGCACUGGCCAUGAGUCGGGAAGAGGCGGAACAGAUUUUCAAAUGUGCCACAACAGCUGGCAGCCAAUCAAGAAACACUGUGACGACCUUGACUGCACAGGACGAGCGGCGUCGCCGUGGAGGUGACCUCCGUCUACAGCUGGCGUUGGAAGAGAGCCGGCAGAAGUUACAGAUACCAGGCGGGGGCCCUCACAAAAAUGAGACGGCUCUGCUUGAUCUGACGGACUCCACUCCAUCUCCCCUGGCACAGAAAUCUGACCCAUGGGGAACCCCCUUCCCAUCAGCAGCCACAGCCAAACCUGACCCAUGGGCUGCUGUAUCUCGUCCAGUAUCUACUGACCCUUGGAAGCAAAUGGCAGGUUCCAGGCUGGCUGCAACUGCCUCUGAUCCGUGGGGAGCUUCCAGCCACCCCCCUUCAGGAGAUCAGCCAUCAAGAAGCACAGAUCCCUGGGGCUCCGUCGCACCAGCCUCUGAUCGCGAUCCUUGGGCCCCGACCUCUCCCCCAGGAGCUUCCCCUUUCCACUCUCUUGGCACUGCAGAUGCAACUGUGACGGAUGACUUCUCUGCGUUCAGCCAUCUCCGAGGCUCACCCAAGAAAGCAGAAGGGCAGGCAACAGGUGCCAGAUUCGAGGGGCCGGGUAACGCCCUGACCACAGCAGCGACGUCCGGUGACACAGCCUUCCCCAACACCUUCGAUAUACCCUCCAUCUUGAGCAGCAAGGCCUCCAAGCCAUCCACCCCCAAGCACCAGCCCGUCAUGCAGAAGAACCCCGAAACCUUCCUGGGCCCCAACGCUUCGCUGGUAAACCUGGACACUCUCAUUGCCCGCACAACGCACCCUAAUGUGAACACAAACCCCUUCUUGAUGCAGGGUGCUCCCCCAGCAACAGCAAACCCGUUCCACAGCACCCCUACUCAGGUGUCCAGCUCCGUGAUGGCUGUAACCCAGACUCCAUUUGGACCCGUCAGCGUCAGCGGCACCCCUUUCUCCUCGAUGCCUGGGGUCGGGGUCGCGGUCGCUCCCAUGGUAACCAUGCCCGUUAUGGGCAUGCCUCAGGGUGCGAACGUGCAAAGGGUGAUGGGCCCGACCUACGUUGCUACGCCAACCCCUCCUGCCCCUGGCCCCUCUCCAAGAUCCACUAACCCAUUCCUAUUAUGAUGGUGGUCAGAGAAGUCCCUAUUUCAGCUCAAAACUUUUAAGUAAUCUGUUUUAUAAUUUUUUUUCUUCCCCCAUGCCAACUCAAGUACAAAAAUAUACCAAGUUUUUCCCUUUGGACGAUUGUGAUAUGACAACAUACAGAAAAGUUCCUAGAAUUUGACUUGUGAUGAAUAACGCUUGUGCACUAUGAAUUGGCAAACGGUAUACGUGGUUUAGGAGCACUUUAGGUAUUAGCAGCCUCUGUUUGUGCAGGAGCCUGAAGACACUACUCACUGCUUUCGGUGAUCAAGCUCCAGUAACAACUUCCAUUUGCACCAAGCUGAUGGUGUCUGACUGGGGCCCCUUACAGACUAAUCUACCCUGUCAAAUCCGUCCCUCAACAUUGGGAGCAGAUUACUGGCUGCCUGCUUGGGGGCAGAUAGAGGGUAGAUUAGGUCAUUAACAAGAGGCCAAAUAGUUGGGGAGGAAACAGUAUUUCUUAAUGUUCAGCUCUGGUAACCAUUAGAUGGCUGGAGCACCAUAGCAACAUUGUGAUAGUGGGUUGCACUGUCCAGGAACCUAGUUCUUGUUAGCCCCACUCUCAGCCCCGCCUGGGGUAAUAUCAUGCACUACUGCCUGACUCGAGAGAUCCUCUCCAGUCCUUCAGCACUUACUUUAUACAAUUCCCCAAUCAGUUCUGCAGGAUACGGCGUCUGAAUCGAAGUGCAGCUGCCUCCUCUAGGACUGUCAUUGAGUGGUGGAAGGGGAAAAGUAUGGCUUACUUCCUCUGAUUUCACCAUCUCCUGUUGCAUUGGUCUCUCAGUCAGUGUGCUGUCACUUUAUGGCCGGGUACAUUCACAGACCAGGACUUGUGAACCAUGGGGCGGAGCAGGCAAGUGAUCUGAAGCCAGCUCUGUUCAUCAACUUGUUGCUGAGCGCCCGGGCCAGGUACCUUUUAUUUGAGGUGAUACAUUACCACUCUGUCUGUUAUUCAAUGCUUCCCAUCGGGGUUUUUUUUUAAAGUAUCUUUUAAAAAAAUGUUUACAUUUUGUUGCAGUCGUAUGUUUACUAAUCUGUUUUUUUUUGUUGUUGGCUUGAGUGUUUGGAACCCAGGCCUGAAUGAUAAAACAUCUCUGCAGUUCCCUUACCUCCCCCUGGAUUCAUCAGCUCUUGACCUCACAUGCCUGAAUGAUUCAUUUUCUCAAAAUAAAAGCCAAUACUUACAGUCAGGACCUCAGACUUCUAAGAGGGAACAAUAGUAGAACUGAAACACAAGUGAAUCACAGAACCCAGUUUUCAAAAGAAUCUUGGACUAACACAUAUGACCACAGUGAGAAUGACAUAGCCACCCUAGCCAUCGUCAAGUAAAAGAGGUAGUUAACUGCAAAGGGCACUACAACAAACAAGACACCUCUAGCUGGUCUGCCAGCUUCAGGGGUACAAUUAGCAUGGGUGUUAUGUCCUUUGUGCACUUUCUGCAAUACAUAUAAGUAGUAGCCACUAUUUCUGUUAAAAUGUGGCUAGAAGGGGAAAGUGACUGGUGAAAGAUAUGUAACGAACAUAUUUCAGUUUGAAAAUUGCUUGAAACACUUGUAACUCUGGCUGAUGAAUCAGUGCUUCUUCACUUGCCCAGAGGGUUCUGCACCUUUCCUGUUGGCUUCUUGUAUUACUUGUCUCCUAGUCAAUCAUCAGACAGCCAUGCGUUUCUCUGGAAAUUUAGAGCAAAGGUGAGAGAUGGUCAAGAUGGAUGGAUACAGCGGUGAGAAACAUUCUGACUACAGUAUGGAUCUCAUCUCUGCCUCUUCAGACCUCUCUACUGGUCUUCAUGAGUGGAGAAAGUUCUGUGCUAAACUUUUGACUAAGACCUGUCAAAGAUACUUGUUGAACUCUUGAAGUGGCUAAUCUUUUAUACUGAACAUAACUUUCAAAUUCAGUGACUCUCCCCAUACAACGUGUUUUAAGUUUUCUUAUCAAAAUGUCCAGGUCAAACAACAUUAUUAAGUUUUUGUUUUAGUUUGGGUACCAGUGAGUGAGAGUGGUUGGACUUUCUAAAGUGUACCCUUUCUCCUCGCUGGCUCACUCAGAGGACAAUCAGAAUUGGCGAGGUCUGGUGGAUGAUCAACUACAUAGAAUACUUCUGAAGUUUACAAGCACAGAUUACAGGACAAAAACCUGGAGAAAGCAAGGACUCAGAUUUUUAAACCUGCAUUGCUCUGUUACAUUAUUUGACCAUUGCUGGUCAGGAUAAAGUUUUCAGACCUUUAUUGAACCUGUAAGAAAAGUUUCAAUAAUAAGAUAAUAUUGUUAUUAUUUAAAUAUUUAUUAGUGGGUUGCUUUAGUAUAGGAUCGAGGAAAUAAAAUGACUGUAAUUUCAGGAGAGAGAAAGUGGAUGGAGCUUGCAAUUCAGAAAGUACGAGCACUGCCUGAGGACAUUGUCUUGCACAGUAUAACUGUUGUACAUUAACCCACUACAGUAUUAAUGGUAGCCAUUUACAGUAAAGCUCAGUACUUGGCAGAAUCAAUGAUCUUUGAAUACUGCCUCUCCACAGUAUUAAUAGUCACUGCAUAUAGUAACCUACUGCAGUAUUAUGGUUUCUAACUAGUUCAUCGCAGUACUAAUAGAUUACUUAAAAUAGUGACACCCUAAUGCAAUUCUGCAUAAAAAGUCCACUUUUUAAAGUGAAAAAAAAAUCCCCAGUUAUUCAAUUGGAGCAUUGCCAAACAAGAAAAACCUUUAAACAAAGCCAUUGACAUAAGGGCAGGUAACCAAAACCCUGGUGGAAGGCCAUCAUUAGCAUACCUAUAUAAGCAUAAUAUAGGAUUAAUCCCUUUAAACUAUAAUCCUGUAUGAUAUUAACCAUGAAAAAAUGGUUGAUUGCCACCUUCUGAUAUUACCUAUGGAUACUGGUGCUAUGGUCAAUGUCCUGAGCCACAAGGCAUAGGUUUUUCUUAAUAUUGUGCAGUGACUGUCAUUUUCCUGACCAAGCAAGUUUCAGUACCUCUCAGGAAAGACAUAGCUUGAUUAAAACUGGACGAUAAUUACAGCACAAGAUACGUUUAAGUCUGAAGAUAGAUUUACUGCAGUUUUUUAAUAUUUAUUAUUGGAGAUGUAUUCUUGUCUUAAAGCUGUGACCUACACUGCAUUUCUUUACAUCUGCUUUUGUGAUCGUGAUUACAGUUUACACUCCAUGCUCAGGUGUGGUAUCUUUGUUUCAGUAAUCUCUCUCAGUACUGAUGUGAUACAGUGUGCAGCUCACACCAAAUGGGCAAGUUUUUGUUUUCACAAUCUUUCCUCCUGUCCCCUCUCAAGACAAAUCAAGCAUCCAACUUUGUAAAGGCAGUUUCCUAUCUGGCACUUCGUCCUUGUUUUCCGAUCAUGAGAUUAGUGAAGCAUGCCAUUCAGGCAGAAUUACUCUAAAAAUACUGUGGGUCAGGGCAGUACAAUGGGGAUAUAGUGCUCUUUUGCUGCUUAUAAUUAACAAAUUCAGACAACUGUGGCAGUUGCAAGAAAAGUAUCUUGCUUGGGGCUUGGAUCUAGGAUCAAAAUUCCAGCAUAUUACAGUUCACAUCUAAUGGCAUUGCCCUGGCACAGUGUAAAAGGAAAUUUGUAUCUAACCAUCCCUGGCAAUGCUGGAUGGAACAGCAAGUUUUACUUUGUCCUAUCAAACUUUCCCAGGGCAGCACAGUAUAGAAAAUCUUAAAUCUAUGCUGUUUUUGCCAUGAUUACAUUUGAGAGGACAGUUCAGAGGGAUCUGUAUUCUGUGUCUAAUGUGUACCAGCUAUGCUCUGACAAUUAAUGCUAACAUUUGUCUGAAAUUAUGGUUUCUCAUACAAGUAAAAAGUUUACUAAAAACUGAAGUGAAGAUAUGAGUACUGGCACGGUAGUUGCAGAUUAGGUGUCCGCACGUAGGUUUCAGGAUCACGUUGAAAGAUGUGAAGUUGUAAUGAACUGCUGGUAAUGCAGAUAGUGAAGGUGCAAAUCUUGAGGAUUCAAGAAGUCAUUGAAAAGAGUACAAUUUAUACUCUUAUUCAGAAUUAGAAACUUAUGCAUGUUUGAGACAAAUUGUAUGUAUGUGCAUGUUUUGAAAGCUCUCAUCCCUUUGCAGUUUUCACUCAACAUCACACACUUGAGCCAACAGCAUCUCUUUUGAAGUGUGUUGCUCUUUUUAUACCAUAGUAUUAAAUAGGCCGAUUCUUCUGACUUUUGUUCUUCCUUUGAAUCUGGAGAGAGCACAGCAGGAUUAAUGUUCUGAGAAAUGAGCCCAGAUGUGAGAAGAUUUUUGCAGAGUUGGAGAUUUUACUGUUUGAAAGUGGGAGAGAUGACUGUAGAAGCUUCCCAAUAACACUCCUUUAUGUGAGGGUUUGUCUUCAACGUGACUUACUGUUCAUGGGAGAUAGGAAAUGGAAGCAGCUCCGUUUCCACUUCACUUUAGUUGGUCUGAUCAAAACUAUAAUUAUCCGCUUCUUCAAUGAAAAAUUGAACAUUACCAAACUGUCCACUGCAAUUCUGCCUACUAACCGAUACAUACAUACAUUUAGCCUUUAGCCUACAACUUGGAGCUUUCAUUUCCUCAUUUUCCCUAAAGUAACUAUUUUAUAACAAUCUCUGUGAAUUGUUUCUGACAUCAAUUCUGAAAGGAUACUACACGGGAUAUAUUUAAUGACAUCAAUACUGAAACAGCCUGAAUCUCUGAAAACAUUUCUUCUCAACCUUUAUUUUAAAGAAAGACUAAACUGGUUUAGGAAUUGUACUGAGUAUUUUAUUUUUGUAAACAUUGCAGGAUUUAGAAAGAGACCUAGCUACCUUUUGUCACAUUUUACAUUUUGAGAAUUGACAUCGAGUUACUUUGCUUGUGUCAAUAGUAGCUGAUGUCAAAACUGCUUCCGUAUGCUCCUCGAAAGAGCUGUUGUUGCAAACUGCACAGACCCAAGGAGCAUCUGCACCUUUCUGCAUUGGCAAAACUCAGACUCAAGACCUGAUGCUUUCUCUUUCUUUACCAUCUCCACUUCUCAGUCAGACAGGUUGCAAUCUAGCAAAUGAAUAUUAGAUUACUGGUAGCUUUUUUUUCUGCCCCAGAACCUGCUGCCUAUAAUGCUAAUAGGUUUGAAUCUCAAACGUCAAUGGGUUCUUUUAAUUUUAAGGCAUUAAGGAAAUAGAUGUCCAAAGAAUUGAUUUGUAGGAUAUCUUAUGUAUUAAUUUUAAUAUUUAAUGUACAAAUAUUUAUAACUGAGGUGCAAGAAUCAAUACUAUAUACAGGGUGCAGUUCCAUGUUUUCUAAGUGAGCUAGCCCCCUUUCGUACGUUGACUGCUGGAAUGGUAAGAAUCUGCUUAUUCCUGGGUCUGGGACCCACUUCAUUAUUUUGUUAGAUGACUGUCAGUAUUUUUGAAGGAUUGUUUGCACUUACUGCUUGUAACACUAUACAGUGUAGUUCAUGUUUUAUUGCUCAAGUCGUUUGAUCUGAUAUCUUGCCACUGUCAGCUACAUCAGUGGUGCCCAGAAUUACUGUGUAAGCCCAUUUUUCACGUGGUUAGACUUUAUUUCCAAUGCAAAUAGCAGAAGACGUGGAAUCACUUCAGCUCAUUUCCAUCUACUGCUGUUCCAGCUGUGACAAUAUUUAUUCACUUGGAGUUGUACAAAAAAAAAUCACUAUGCUGUUACAGUGGCUUUAAAACUCACUUUGGCUCUCGCUAGCCCAUGAUAUUUCACUGGUUACAAAGGAAAUUCAAUCUAAGAUGAACCUGGGCACCUGAAUUUUUGUUAGUCAUUACAUUUUACUGUAGAUUUCCAUCGGUUUGGUUAAAUAUUUAAAGUCAUAUUUGCCAUAUUAACUGUACUUCCAAAAUAAAUGUGUGAACUUAUGUGCAAUGUUAUUUAAGAUCAUUUUAUAAAUUGGUAGAAAUGGGAAGAUUUGUCCCCAUAAUUUUCCUCACCUUCUGUUGCUCAAGAUUGUACACAAGUUCAAAGAAACUGGUAUUUAUCUCAAAUCAACGUCGCUCAGCAACUUAGUAUGCAUUCAUAUACACUGAAAACAUACUACUGGUUAGAAUACUGUACUAACCCUCUGGAAUUCAAACCCUGACCUACCAAUGUGGGAUGCAAACUUGACUGCUGAUUUUCAGUAAAUAGGAGUAUCAAAUUACAUAAUCGAGGUAGGUGGGCAAAUGAGCAAAGCUUCCUUCUCUGCAAUAAUCAGUAGGUUAUUAGAAAGUGCACUCACUUUACAAAAAGUUCAUAGAAAAAUACCAGCAAAAUGGUAUAGAUACAGUAUGGUAAUCACAUCACAAACGAGAGACUCUGCAGGUGCUGGAAAUUCAAGCAACAGACACAAAGUGCUGGAAUAGCUCAGUAGGCCACGCAGCAUCUAUGGGAGAAAAAGUACAGUGGACAUUUCAGGCCUGCUGAAGGGCCUUGGCCCGAAACGUCAAUUGUACUUUUUUCCAUAGAUGCUGCCUGGCCUGCUGAGUUCCUCCAGCAUUUUGUACAUGUUGCUUAAAUACUGUAUAGGUCAAUUCUGUUGCAUUACAGCUGCUCAGUGGCUCCCAUUAAUGUCAUUAUAUUUUAGGGAAGUAUUAAACACCCAGGUGUCCAAUAUUUAUCCUUCAUCACAAAACCACUGUUAUGAUAAUGAUUAAAUUACCUGUUUGAAUUUUUGCUGUAUUCAAGUUUCUCUAAACUGCUUUGGGAUCAAUGUAGUAAAGGGCUUUAUAGAAAUGACUUUAAUAUAAUGGCUGUUGCAAAAACUACAGAGUAAUCAAUCUGCUUUCCUUGUGCAUAGUUAUGACCCUCGAGUGAACAAACUAAUUGCAGAUUUAAUACAUCCUUAGUUUUUCAGUUGAAACAAUUCUCAUUUCUCAACAAUGAAGCUAAAUUGCAAUGUUGCCCAAAAGAAAGUGUCAACUUAGCCAAAUGCAAAAUAUUUAGCACCCAAUUAAAUACGUACUUCACCUGCAAAUAUCUCCAGUCAUUGGUCAGAGGCUGUUUUGCAGCCAUGCUUAAAGUACUUUUCCUUUUCACAGAGAUUGAAACUACAGGGCCAAGCACCAAUAUCAGAGUACUGUAGAUUCUCAUUUGGCCACUGCAUUGGACAACAUUGCAUAAAGCACAGACAUCCAGUCCAAAUACUGAGGAAGAAAGUUCUCAUUGGACUAAACUGAGCCACAGCUCAAUGAAAUGGAACCAUUUUAUUGAUGAGUAAAGCACAAUGCCCUAGCCCUUAAACAGGGAAGGGCUAAAGCCCUCUGGUGGUGAUCAUUCUCAAUGUGCCUCUUGCUUUGAGCAUUACUGGGGACUGAGGGAAGAGCGAUACUAAGACAUGGUAGCCUGUCAGUUCCAAUUGGUUCCAAAGCCCCCACUUUUACUCAGUUGUAAUACAAUAAAUAAGCUGCACUGGAAGAUUGUACAUUGAAUUCAGGCCCGUAUUGAAUUCAUCCAACAUCCAGGAACUCAAGCCACAAAAAAAAUCCAAGACAUAAUUUACAUACCACCAUUGCUGCUUGUUUUCCGUGUGCAUGACUGACCUCUAGUGAUGGUGGAACAUUCCAACAAUACGAGACAGCACAAAGACAAUAUUGUAGCUUCCAGUCCCCGUUUAAGACCAAGUGCACCAAGUCCAACAUAGCUAUGAAUUAACAUCCUUGUGUACAAGCUACUGCUUAAGAAAUAUUUAAGCACACAAAAAAAUGUCUUCAAAAAUAAAGCACUUAAGAUUUUGUCAGCAUUACAGGCACAAGCACCUGUCGAAGUACUGGGUAUACAAAUAUGAACUUAACCAUCAGCUCCCACUGACAGUUUCCUUCCUCACCCUUUGUAUCGACAGAGUACCAAUUAUAUGGAGGUUCUAAAAAAAUAUCUUCACCAGCUACCCAAAUUUUGGAGUAUUCAGCUCAAUUUGGAGGCAGGCUGUCUGGUUACAACUGCAGGAUUUCUCAAGAUUUUGAUAGUCAUAAUGACCAGAUGUCCAGCUUAAUUCCACCUUUUUUCUCCCCCUGGUUUAUGACAAUUUGGAGAUGAGACCUGUCUUGUACAUAUAAUAUCCUCACAUGCCUCACUGGCGCAUCAGGCAGCAACCUUGCCGUUUAGAGUUUGUCUGUUUUACGAGGCCGAGUUGCUAGGUUGACACUCAACCCAUGAUGGAUGGAAAGCGUGCAAGGAGCCAGCUGGAUUGGAACUGGGCACCUCAAAGUCUGGUGCAGAUGUCACUACACCACUAGCCAGCUAUGUCCUGUAUAUGCCAGAGAGGAAAGAGAACUACUCAUCUCAAAGAUCAGGUCUUAUUCAAUAGAAACUUCACCGACCCCACCCCCACAGGAACAGGACUAAGGUUUUCCACAUCAAAAGUAAUUCCAACUACAGGCCAGGCAAAAGGUAAUAACUGACCCAGGUCAGAUCCCACUAACCAGUCUUAUACCAGAGCUUUGCUCAUUUCUGAUCAAGAAACAGGUACUCAUCAAGAGGUGGGUUGUAACAAGUCUUCUCCAAAAGCAGGUUUACUGUUGUUGCUGUUUCAAAUCACAUUUGAGGGACAAGGCUACACCACUGCCAAGACAAAAUUGUCAUGUGGCUUCUGUGACAACUUGGUUAAAGAGUGGUUUCAGGUACCAGGUUUUUUUGAUGACGACAGUACGGGGCCAAAUACAGAUCU